UGACAAGCUGGCGAGAGGGCGAAGGAGCUGGGGGAGAAGGAGGGAAGGGAUUCGUCGGAGUAACUUUCCAGAAAAACAGUCAACGUGUAGCAGGAGUGACUCCAAGAGGGGAAAAAAAGUUCAGUUACCACGUCGAACCAGAGGACUCGCAAAGUAUUUUUCAAAUGGGCUCGGCUUUUCCUGUGCCUGUUUAAAACAUUAAAAUCGUGCAGCAAAAGAGGCUGCGUGCGCUGGUCCCUCCCUCCCCCACCCGGGCCCGAGACGUCAUGGGAGGGAGGUAUAAAAUUUCAGCAGAGAGAAAUAGAGAAAGCAGUGUGUGUGCAUGUGUGUGUGAGAGAGGGAGAGGAGCGAGAGGGAGAGGAGAGGGAGAGAGAGAGAGGGAGAAGGAGAGGGAGAAGCAGCAGGGAGAGGAAGGGAGGGAAGCAGAAAGCCAAGGCCAAGGGAAUGAGCAAGAGAGGGGAGAGAUAGGGGAAGAAGCCUGAGAAAGAAGGAAUAACAGCUUUCCGGAGCAGGCGUGCAGGGACCUGGCUGCUAUUUUCUUUUUCUUCUCCUUUUUAUUUUUGUAAAGAGAAGCAGGGAACAGAAGCAAUGGCCGAGGGAGAAGACAAGCCGAGGUGCUGGUGACCUUGGGCGUCCAAGUGGAUUAUUGGGGCUGCUCUCCAGGGGCCUGUCCUCCCUGCCUUCCAAUUGCACAUACCCCCACUUCCCAGCCAAUGAAGACGAGAGGCAGCGUGAACAAAGUCAUUUAGAAAGCCCCCGAGGAAGUGUAAACAAAAGAGAAAGCAUGAAUGGUGUGCCCGAGAGACAAGCGUGCCCUGCGCUGCCCCCACCUUUAGCGGGGCCAGCCCAGCCCAGCCCUGCCUCUCCCCACCUACUCACUGGCUAUCUGACUUUUUUUUAAACAUUUUUCCCCCUUUUCUUUUCCAUUCUCUUUUCUUAUCCUCCUUCAGGGCAAGGCGAGGAUUUUGAUUUUGGGACCCAGCCAUGGUCCUCCUGCUCCUUCUUUAAAAUACCCACUUUCUCCCCAUCGCCAAGCGGCAUUUGGCAAUAUCAGAUAUCCGCUCUAUUUAUUUUUACCUAAGGAAAAACUCCAGCUCCCUUCCCACUCCCAGCUGCCUUGCCACCCCUCCCAGCCCUCUGCUUGCCCUCCACCUGGCCUGCUGGGAGUCAGAGCCCCGCAGAACCUGUUUAGACACAUGGAGAAGAGACCCAGAGCUCCAAGGCACACAGUCGGCGUCUUCGCGCUCAGGGUUGCCAGUGCUUCCUGGAAGUCCUGAAGCUCUCGCAGUGCAGUGAGUUCAUGCACCUUCUUGCCAAGCCUCAGUCUUCGGGAUCUAGGGAGGCCGCCUGGUUUUCCUCCCUCCUUCUGCACGACUGCUGGGGUCUCCUCCUCGCCGGGCCUCGCAGCAGCGCCCCCCCCCCCAGCCGCUCUCCCCAGCUUGCGCAUGAAGAUGCACUUGCAAAGGGCUCUGGUGGUCCUGGCCCUGCUGAACUUUGCCACGGUCAGCCUCUCUCUGUCCACUUGCACCACCUUGGACUUUGGCCACAUCAAGAAGAAGAGGGUGGAAGCCAUUAGGGGACAGAUCUUGAGCAAACUCCGGCUCACCAGUCCCCCCGAGCCAUCGGUGAUGACCCACGUCCCCUACCAGGUCCUGGCCCUUUACAACAGCACCCGGGAGCUGCUGGAGGAGAUGCAGGGGGAGAGGGAGGACAGCUGCACUCAGGAAAACACCGAGUCGGAGUAUUAUGCCAAAGAAAUCCAUAAAUUCGACAUGAUCCAGGGGCUGGCGGAGCACAAUGAGCUGGCCGUCUGCCCCAAAGGAAUCACCUCCAAGGUUUUCCGCUUCAACGUGUCCUCAGUGGAGAAAAAUGGAACCAACCUGUUCCGAGCAGAAUUCCGAGUCUUGCGGGUGCCCAACCCCAGCUCCAAGCGCAGCGAGCAGAGGAUCGAGCUCUUCCAGAUACUCCGGCCCGAUGAGCACAUUGCCAAACAGCGCUAUAUCGGCGGCAAGAAUCUGCCCACACGGGGCACCGCUGAGUGGCUGUCCUUUGAUGUCACUGACACUGUGCGUGAGUGGCUCUUGAGAAGAGAGUCCAACUUAGGUCUGGAAAUCAGCAUUCACUGUCCAUGUCACACCUUUCAGCCCAAUGGAGACAUCCUGGAAAACAUUCAUGAGGUGAUGGAAAUCAAAUUCAAAGGUGUGGACAGUGAGGAUGAUCAUGGCCGUGGGGAUCUAGGGCGCCUCAAGAAGCAGAAGGACCACCACAACCCUCACCUCAUCCUCAUGAUGAUUCCCCCGCACCGGCUGGACAACCCAGGCCAGGGCGGGCAGAGGAAGAAGCGGGCCCUGGACACCAAUUACUGCUUCCGCAAUUUGGAGGAGAACUGCUGUGUGCGCCCUCUCUACAUUGACUUCCGACAAGAUCUGGGCUGGAAAUGGGUCCAUGAACCUAAGGGCUACUACGCCAACUUCUGCUCCGGCCCUUGCCCCUACCUCCGCAGCGCGGACACAACCCACAGCACGGUGCUGGGACUGUACAACACUCUGAAUCCUGAAGCCUCUGCCUCACCUUGCUGUGUGCCCCAGGACUUGGAGCCCCUGACCAUCCUGUACUAUGUUGGGAGGACCCCCAAGGUGGAACAGCUGUCUAACAUGGUGGUCAAGUCCUGUAAGUGUAGCUGAGACCCUGCCUGCGACAGAGAGAGAGGACAGAGGACUGCCACCGCCUGACCGCCUGCUCCUCGGGAAACACAAAGGCAACAGACCUCACCUAGAGGCCUGGAGCCCCCAACCUUCGGCUCCAGGCAGAUGGCUGAGACGGAAGUUCCCUUUUGGGACAUUUCUCCUUCGUGCUGGCUCUGAGAAUCACUGUGGUACAGAAAGUGUGGGUUUGGUUAGGGGAAGGCCCAAUUCUUCAGAACACACAGAUCUUCUGUGACGUAGUUGGAGGUGGUGGGGACAGAGGAAGAGGGGUAGCAAGCCGACACGGGACGCAUCACGCGGCAAUGGACCUGCGGUACCCUAGGGAGGAGGAAGGGCAGAGAACGGCCGGGACAGCGCCAGGCCGGAAGACACUUCUGAGGUCAGAUGUGCUCAGCGCUGCCCCACGCCUGCUCUAGGGAAUCGGGAUUACAUUAUACAAGGCAAGCAUUUUCCUUCAGACAGGUUGCCUAGACAAAGUCCCAGAAUUGUAUCUCCUACUACCUGGAUUAAGGACGAAUCUGUUAUUUUGGCAAAUUGUCCUCUCAACAUCAGUCAACAGCACCAAGGGUCAUUACAGGGAGAAAAAUCCAGGGAAGGUAGUUCCCGGGCCGUCAACUCUAUGGGGCCAUCUGGAUACGCUGAACUCAGAAGCAGAGGGUGGGAAUGAACACUCUCCUGUCUGCCCUCUGGGUCCCUCCUCUCGCCUUCUUCCUCAAUCGUAUUUCCCCUCGGACAUCUGGCUAGACACCUUCCAGGUCCGGGCGCACAUAUUUGGAUUUGGGGUCUGUGCAGUCUUGGGGCAUUAGGGAUCCCCUCACCCCAGACCCUGUGUCCAUCUGGUGUUCCUGGAAGCAGGUGCUAGAACGGGGUGAGGCGUGCGGGGAGGUCGCACAUGCGCCACACGAUGACUUGGCCCCAGACACGUAGACUGAGCUAUAAAGACAAAUACAAAUAUUACUCUCAAAAUCUUUGUAUGAAUAAAUAUUUUUGGGGAAUAUUGGAUCAUUUCAUCUUCUGGAAGAUUGUCUCUAGAACAGUAAAAGCCUAUUCUAAGGUGUAAGUCUGACUGGAUAAAUAUCCUUGAUUACUCUUUUCUUAAUCCCACGUUCAUGUCUACUAACCAGAGGUCACUGGUACCUGGGGCAGAGAGUCUCGAACAGCGAAUGUAUUGCUUAGUGUGAGUACCCUGGACAGUGGGACGCUGUCCUGCCUUCUGCCAUUUGAGAAGACUGAACUGUUUGUGUUCCCUUCCUUCUUGUGGAGUAUUUUGUUCUCAGACACACAGAGGCAGUGGCUCAGAUUUGCAGAAAGUUGUAUGAAUUUGCCCUACAUUUAACUCUGGGCAAAAAUCAUUUGGGGUGAACCCUUGCCUGUGGAAAUGUGUUUGUUUGUACAUGCCCUCUAAGUUACGAACAUCAUCAUUUUUGAAAAUUUAAUCUCACCCUCCCAAUCAGUUGAGAAUUAGAGAAACUGUCUGUGGUAAAUGGCCGAAGAAGAUGAGGCUAAUUCUGUUACCGGGGUAAACUUGCCAGGAACCCCUUUGUCAGUGAUUUGGGGAUGGGAGAGGGCGAGGAAGUACAAUCCCAUAGUUCUUGUUUGCGGGCGCAGAUCCCAGAGCAAUGCAGAAUUCUGUGAUAUUAAUGUCCACCUGAAGCAACCAUCUGCAAUGCAUGAGGAACCAUUUAGCAGCUCCCAAAAAAACACGUUCCUCUAUUGAGAUCACCUUACCAUUGGUGAAAAAGUCUAUCUGAAGCUAAAAUUUGCAGGUUGAAGUGUGUGUGUGUGUGUGUGUGUGUGUGUGUGUGUGUGUGUGUGUGUGUGUGUGUGUGUGUGUGUGUGUGUGUGUGUGUGUGUGUGUGUGUGUGUGUGUGUGUGUGUGUGUGUGUGUGUGCGCGCGCGCGCGCGCGCGCUUGCUCCUUCUGGAAUUCUCCCGAAUUGAAUUCCUGAGUUUGGUCAAGACUUUCUUCCCUGCUUUGUCCAUGCCCAGCCAAUUCUAAGAGCUUCUCUCUCAGGCUUCAUCCCCUGUGGCACCCAUUUACUUCCAAUGUACUUGGGGGGCUGUAUCCCUGCCCUAAAAUCAUGGCUGCUGGGACUGUGGCCCAUCUUACCCAAGGGAGCUAGCGGGCCCAGAGAGGGGAUGCAGUGUGCCCAGCCCUUUGGCCAUGGGCCAGUGCUAUCCUAAGCUGCAGAGUCUCUUCACUUGUGGCAGCUAUUCUCAAGUUUCAGUGGGCACGAGAAACACCCAAGUGUUUAUCUGAACAUAAUAAAAAAAAUAAAUAAAAAGCGAUUUUAAAAAAUGUACAAUUUCAGGCUAUAGCUCUAGAGAUAUCUUCAGGCCUGGGGAAGGUCCAGGCUGCCGAAAAGCUACAUUUUGAGCAGCAGUGUCUUCUAUCUGACAUCACUGGGUCCUUCCUCAAGGCUUAGUUAGGAAAGAAGGGAAUAAUCUUUUUGACCCCAGAAUAAACCUUCCUUCUUAUCCAACCUCAUAGGACAUCACUAAAACGUUGGCCUGUGGCUCAUCCUAAUGAAGCAAGGCAAUGAGUUAUGUUUCCUGAAGUAUCCCAAAAAAAACAGAACACACUGUGAUUCCAAAUGUCCUUUUUAUAUGAGAGCUCUAUUCUUAUCUUUAUCAGCAGAUACAGAUAUGGGCGGGGGUCUGAAGUCCAGCCUUUCCAUUCCACGUGUCACUUAGAGGUGCUACAGAAACUUGAGCCAUUGUCUGUCUGUCUGAAAAGAUACACACUUGUUUUGGGGGAGGGGAGGGAGGGAUAUUGGAAAUGACACCGUUGCUGGAGGGGGGAAUCAUAUGAUCGGUCUUGUUUAUUACCAAGAGAAGUCCAAUACCAGUAAAAAUGACAUGAAAGUACUUGGUUAAAUGAAGGAGAGAUCUGGAGUCUGGUCUUAACAGCCGGUAAGCACGUGGGGAGCGCAGUGAGAAAUGAGCCUGAGGACCCAAUUCUAAUGGUUACCUAGGCCAAUUCCAAGCAGUCCAGUUGGUCUCAAAGUUCUUUUCCUGGGCUCAUAACCUCUUGCCCUUCCUCACAUGAUUCUUUAUGCGGCGUCUCCCAUAUACCUUCUUUCCUGGUUCUACCCAUCACCAGGGAAAUCAUGAAGGAAUUCUGAUUUGUCUCCUAACCAAUUCACAACCAAGUUAGC